GCUUUGUCUUGAGAAUCUUCAUUAACUUCCAAGACACUCCAAUCAUCAAAGCCAACAAUCGGGACCUCUCUUACAUCCUCCUGGUCUCCCUCCUGUUUUCCUUCUUCACCUCCUUCUUGUUCAUUGGCCAGCCAACCAGAGUCACUUGCCUUCUCCGACAGAUAACCUUCAACAUCAUCUUCUCAGUUGCCAUUUCUUCUGUCUUGGCCAAAACAAUUAUGGUGGUGCUGGUUUUCUUGGCCACAAAACCAGGGAAUAAAAUUCAGAAAUGGCUGGGGAAGAGUUUGGCCAACUCUAUUGUCCUUUCUUGCUCUGGUCUUCAAAUUGUCAUUUGCAGCAGCUGGCUUGGCACCUCUCCCCCAUUUCCUGACUCUGACCCAAACUCUCAAACUGGAGAGAUCAUCCUGCAAUGCAAUGAAGGAUCCGUCACCAUGUUUUACUGUGCUCUUGGCUAUAUGGGAUUCCUGGCUGCCAUCUGUUUCAGGGUGGCUUUCUUGGCCAGGAAUCUGCCUGGAGCCUUCAACGAAGCCAAGCUGAUCACCUUCAGCAUGCUGGUCUUUUGUAGCGUCUGGGUCUCCUUCAUGCCCACCUAUCUCAGUACAAAAGGGAAGUACAUGGUAGCUGUGCAGGUCAUCUCCAUCUUGGCCUCCAGUGCUGGCCUUCUGGGCU